AUGGAGAUUGACGUUCAUCAAAUUGAGAAAGUUUUAGAGCAUAUGGGAUAUGAAGGAACUUUUCCUCCUACAAUCAAAAAGCUGCUUCCUCCAUGCUGGAAGCUUUUGGCUCAUGUGUUCGUGAGUUGCGUUUCUAGCCGGAGAUCAGGAGCUAACGAGAUUUCUCUAGCCAAUACUGGUGUCAUUGCUGCAUUGGCAGCAGGUUUUGAGUUUAAUUUCUCAAAAUUCAUAAUGAAUGAAAUGAUACUAAAUAUUGAAGGAAGCAAAAGAGACAAAUUUUGUAUGUAUCCAAGAUUUCUAGAAAUCAUGCUUAACGUAACUCACCCCAAGUUGCAGAGAGGAAAUGAUACUCUGGAUUUCAAAUCCAUUGGUCCAAGUGCCUUUGGAUUAAUGAAGCAAAAGAGAGGCGGAAAAUUUGUAUUUGAAGGAAAAUUUCAAUUAAUAAAAUUUGAAAUAUUUAAAGAGGAUGUCAGAGAAGAAGCAGCAGAUCAAUCCAUGCCGAUGGAAAAUGAAGACACUCAUCAGUCUCCCUCCGAGCCUGUAGUGGAGGAGAUUCAUCACUCUCCCAGAACUUGUGUAGCUAAUGAGCAUGAUUAUCAGAAAGCAAAUGAUUCAAUAUCUUCUCCAGGGGAUGAUGACGAUGAUCUUUAUGAAGAUGUAGAGUUUUUGAAAGAAAUCUACUUUACAGGAAUCAAUGAUGACAUUCCAACAAACAUAGAGUUUGAUUUUGGUGAUGAAGAUUUUGAUCCUUUUUUUGAUAUUCCCUGCAGCCGUGCAACUAAAGUCAAUGAAGUUGCUUCUCUAGCAACCAAGACUAGAGAUGAAGGAAAUUCUCUCAAAAUUAUGCUCUCUACCUCAAAGCCCUUGGAAAUCACAACAAGUCAAGGAGAUGUGACAUCAGAGAUUCCUCCCUCUGUGUCACCUGUCUCAACAUCAACUCUAGUCAUUUCUAUGUUAUCUGAACCUCAAACUUCUUAG